GUACUUAGUCUUCUACUUGUUUUUUCAUCUUUAUCUAUAACUUGGACUUGUUCUGUUUUUCUUUCAUUCUAUAUAUACAUUCUCUUCAUUCAUGUUUCUUCUUCAUUUUCUUCACCUAUUCAUAAUAUACUCUUAACGUGCGCACCCUCUGUGCAGGCUAAUAAUGGAGCCUCACGUUGCCAAUUCGUUUGCCUCUAAAGCUAGAACUGUUUUCCAUUCUGCUGCUGCUAAAGCUGAGCGCGUUCUCAUGGAUUUCAAAUCCGAUAUCGAGUUUGAUAAGCAAUUGCGCGACGAUUAUGGAAGGCGAACGCGUCCGGGAGAUGAGUCAAAGUUUCUCGACGAACUGAAGCAAAUAAAGUGGAGACCUCGACAUAUAGGAACGAAGCAGGAUUGGAAAGAUAAAAUUAACAACAUACGGAAAGGGAGAAAAGAAAUGGAAAAUAUCGAUAAAGUUGGAGAUGCAAGCAUGGCGGAUAUUCCACUUCAUGAUGACAAUUUGAGCAUUCUUCAUAAGAAGAAUGAUCUUGAUGCCAAGGCUUCAGAAGGAUUUCCCUCUGUUGAAGGAUUAACUGCUGCGGCUGAAAGGCCUAUUCCUCCAUCAUCUGUCCUAAAGCAAUUGGCAAUAGCUGUUAAGGCUGGAAGGAAAGCAAAUUCAAUGAAAGAUUUUAUAGCUUCAUCAGGAGGAUCUUUGCCUUCGAUGGAAAUAGCAGGCUUAAGUCUCUCUGCGGUGAAGGCGUUAGUGUUACGUGAGAAAGACGACAGACUUUCUUCUGAAUUUUGUAGCCACGAGAAAGUUUUGUAUUUGGUUAAUUCGCUUUUUAAUCCAGAUGGAGAGUUCCUUAGAAGGAAGAUCAACUCCAAUCCCGAUGAAAUUGACGUAACAUCGUUUAUAAGAGAUAUUCGCGGUGCUCCUCCUGAAAGCCUUGUUGUUAAGCUAGCUGAAGUAAUCGGAAACUUCAAGACCCUUCGAGAAAUGAAAUUUUUUUGGUGCAGGGUUGUUGCUGAAAUGAGAAAACUUUGGUAUGAAGAAAAGCAUUUACCUGGAGUCCCUCUUGAUGGCAUUCCAGAUCUGAAGUCAUGUCUUCUCUAUCAACAUAUUCAAGUAAUUAAUUGUUGCAUCUCUCGGAAAAGACGCCAUAUUAUUGCCACCGAAUCGCUGGACUCUAUGAUGAUGAAAGCGAAUUCGAAUAGAUUAGAAUCAACAAACUUCUGUGAUGGAACUUCUGCAAGCCGCUUGUUAUAUGCUCGAUUAAGUACUGGUGAGCUUGUUCUUCGGCUUGGUGCUCAUUGCCCGUAUGGAAACAUGACACUAUUGGAAACUGGCGAGCCUGCUUACUCUCCUAUCACCCAGGAAGUACCGUUGCUUACAGAAGAUCUGAUCAAAGAGACCGAGGAGUUUGUGCUGCGGACGGGGAGUGUUGGAGCUGGAUGCUCUCAACUCCUGUCUGAUAUGCAGGCGUUCAAGGCUGCAAAUCCGGGUUGUAUUUUGGAAGAUUUUGUGAGAUGGUACUCUCCUCCUGAUUGGACUGAAAAUGAAGCAAAAACCGAGGAUAGUUAUUCUUCUGAUGAUAGUAGUAGUAGCAGCGAGUUAUUGUCUACCAGAGGUCAAUUAAGUCAACGUAUGCGGAAAGAAGGUAAUUUGUGGCGCGAAUUGUGGAAAACGUCUAAGCCAGUACCUGCUGUGAAACAAACACCUCUCUUUGAAGAAGAUUUGGCAGUGGAGGGAAUCCUUGAUGCAUUUGAAGACAUUCAGCCAGUUGAGCUUUUUGGACAGCUUUUUGUUUCAAUACUUGGUUUAGGAUUUACAAUUGCUGAACCAUUGCUGUGCCGUAACAUUGUCUUCUCGAAGUUGUUCAAUGACUGCAAAGAAUAUGUAGUUACUACUUGUGAAAGCGUUAGAUUCAGUGAGAAAGUUGAUGAACUUGUUCAGGUAUAUGAAACAGUGGAGAGAAUGUUGAUGAAUCCUGAGGAGGCACUGAAGAUGAUGAAGCAUUCAGAAGAAUCAACUGUGAAUAACGGCAGUGAAACACAGGGCCGGUUCAAGAAGUUUAUCUCUAGCGGCAAAGAGAAACUGUCGAGGUCUUUUCGGAAAGAUCAGAUCAAUAAUGAAGAAGAAGCAACUCCACAAUCUUUUUCAAGUUUCUUUGACAGCAAGUCAUCUUUAUUCUCCAAAAAGCCUAACAAAGGUGGAAAAUUAUGGCCUGCACCGGCACCUCCCUCAAUCGAAGACGAUUGGAUAGUAAAUUAAACAAAGUUCAGCUUCUUCUCCUGCCAGAUAAUUGUAAAUUACUUCAUUCUUUAUUACGGAAUAUGAAUUAGCAAAUAGCAAAAGGAAUUGUAUAAUAAUGAUCUAUCAAAAUAAUAAGUGUUCUUCAUUGUAAUACAAAUGGUAUAUUGCUUUUA